GAUCGACGACGACGACGAUCGGCCCAAAGAACCAUGCGGAGCCUGUGUCUUCUCAGCGAGGCCCGUGCGGUGCUCUACCCAGAAGACGUGCUGGACAGUACUGGACGUUCACAUAUUGCGGUCGAUCCUGAAACUCUGGACGUGUACUCUUCUGUAGGAACGGAACGUCAGAGCUGGGUAUACAAAGUUUCUGUCUCACAAGAAGUAACUGAAAUCGCUACAUUCCCAAACCAACCACUCGGAACAACUGCCGCUGUGGAAGUUGUUGGCUUUCAAUAUGUUCCGGAGCUUCAGGCAUUGUGCGUCGCGCUCAACGGGGGCGACCUAGUGUUGAUACCAUCAGAGGAUGGAGAGGACAGACCACCAGAAGUGGUGGGAACUGUGGAUUCAGGAAUUUUAUGCAUGGAAUGGAGUCCAGAUCAUGAGCUUGUAGUGAUAGUUACGGGAGCAGGAACCAUAUUGGAGAUGACGAAAGAUUUUGAGGUUAUCACAGAAAUUCCGAUUCAUGUGGAGGGGACUGGCAAGGAGGAGCACGUAAGCGUUGGAUGGGGCAAAAAGGAAACCCAAUUUCAUGGAUCAGAGGGGAAACAGGCUGCCUUGCGUAAGGACGAUGCGCUGACUGGCAGUAACCUGAUUUCGGAUGACGAUGACUUCCGACCACGGAUUUCAUGGAGGGGCGACGGAGCUUACUUUGCAUGCUCAGCGGUGGCACCAAACGGCAAUAAGAGAGUCAUACGUAUGUAUGACAGGGAAUGUACUUUGCAAUAUACGAGCGAAAGCGUAUCGCAAUUGGAGCAUGCCUUGAACUGGAGACCCUCGGGGAACUUGAUCGCCGCAAGUCAGAGGCUUCCCCACCGGCAUGAUAUCAUCUUUUUUGAAAAGAACGGACUUCGACAUGGGGAGUUUGCCCUUCGCGAUGAUACCGCUACGGUUGUAGAGGUGGCGUGGAAUGCGGAUUCAACAGUCCUUGGUGUUUGGCUGCAAAGUGGUUCUCCUUCUGCGAAGCCCGAAUCAGUCAUUCAAUUGUGGACUGCAAAUAACUAUUACUGGUACUUGAAGCAGGAAUUGCGACCGGUAUCAGAGAAUGACUCAUUUUCCGGUAUGCAAUGGGAUCCGGAAGUGGCUCUUCGAUUGCAUUUGACAACUAGGUCCGGCUCAUACCAACGAUCCGACUUUUGCGCUGACCAGUUUGUCAGCACAUCUCGGGUAGCAGAAAAUCCUGCUACGGUGGCUGUCAUUGAUGGAUGCUCCGUUCUUCUUACGCCGUUCAAGCAUUUGAAUGUACCACCACCGAUGUCUGCUGUUAAGGUACAAUUGCCUGCACCUGCCGCAUAUGUCACCUUCGGACCAGGGAAUGCAGGCGAUGACCUCGCAGUGUUGCUGUGCGAUAAAACGGUUCACCUCUUUAAGGGAGGCUCUGUUGUUAAACCGGUCAAGGUACCUGAGCGUUUAGGAUAUAUCAGUCUUCCACAGGAAAAUUCUGCGAUCACCUUUCGUCAAAUUGCUUGGAUUGACGCCAAAACUCUUUUGGCCUUGGCGUACGAUGAUAGGGUUGGAGAAGAUUAUGUUGUGAUAUUCACGCUGGACGAAGCGACCAUGCAAGUUUGCGAAAGAAGGGACGCGCGAGCAACAAACGGUGUCCGCUCAUUCGUUCGGCUGCACUGCAACGUGGACAGUGGAAUAGCAGUAGUUGAAGCUGCUGAUGGACGGGUAGCAUAUGUGGAUUGUGCUGCGGAGCAGCCAUUUUUGCAUUUUGUGCCCGGCGUUCCAACCAUGUGUCCGUGGAUAUCUACCGCGGAACUCCGUGGAUCAGAUGGCCAAUCACAGCAGAGAAUCCUGAUAGGUUUGAGUGAUCGCAAUAAGCUGUAUGCAAAUGACCGACUACUUUCACCCGAUUGUACAUCAUUUUUCGUCCAUGAUGACUUUUUGAUAUUGACGACCUUCACGCACACUGCGAGGUUCAUUUCUUUAAAUGUGGCUUUCGAUGAUUUCACUUUGCCGGAGACAACCUCCUCGCCAUUUGACGAGCACGUUCGGCGGGUUGAACGCGGUUCAAGAAUAGUCACGGCGGUACCAGGAGACAUAUCGCUAGUCUUACAGAUGCCGCGAGGCAAUCUUGAGACAGUUUAUCCUAGAGCUUUGGUUCUUGCCACCGUUCGGCGGUUAAUAGAUAAGAAAGAUUACCGAGCAGCCUUCCUUCACUGCCGGAAGCAUCGUAUCGACUUGAACCUUUUGGUUGAUCAUAAUCGCGCGCAAUUCGAAGGCAACAUUCAAUUAUUUGUGCGGCAGAUCGAUGAUCCAGAAUACCUCAAUCUGUUUAUCUCGACUUUGAGGGACGAGGAUGUAACAGUGACAAUGUAUUACGGAGCCAUCUCCAAGGUCGGGACGACGGACAAGGUUGAGGGCAAAGUCAAUUCCAUAUGUGAGACUAUUCGACGGGCCCUGGAGGAAGUUGAUUCGCAGCGGUACACACAGUCCAUACUGACAACUGAUGUCAAGAAAACGCCGCCUGAUUUGGAAGCGGCGAUGAGGCGCAUUCUCUUGGUAAAGACCAAAGAGUCACCCGAGGCGGCGGAUGCUGCUCUGAAAUACGUCAUAUUUCUUGCGGAUGUUGACAAGCUUUACGAUGUGGCUCUGGGGAUGUAUGAUUUUCCACUCGUGCUCAUGGUUGCUCAGCAUUCACAAAAAGAUCCACGAGAGUAUCUUCCGUUCCUUUCGGAGCUACAAAAACUUGAAACAAACUAUCAGCGGUACCGUAUCGAUGAUCAUCUAGGAAAACGGGAGACGGCGUUGCGCCAUCUUAGCCUUGCCGGUGAUGAGUAUUACAAUAAUUGUCUUGCUUACAUCAAGCAGCAUGGACUUUACAAGGUGGCAAUGGACGUCUUCUCUGAUCAAAAGGCCCGGUACCAGGAGGUGUUACGAUUAUAUGCAGAUCACUUGGAGGAACGUUCCGACUAUGAGGAAGCUGGGCUGUUGUACGAAAUCGCUGGAGCCAAAGUUACAGCGAUGCAGGCGUAUCAGAAAGCACUAAUGUGGCAGCAAACUUUUGCGAUUGCCACGAAUCUUGGACUUCCAGAGGCCGAAAUAACUGGAAUGGCUUGUGACAUGUCUGAGGAAAUGAUCAGACGCCUUCAAUAUCGAGAUGCUGCGCGGAUCCUAUUGGAUUACGCGAAGAAGCCUCUUGAGGCCGUAAACGUUCUCGUAAAAGGGUCCCUGUGGAGUGAAGCAUCCCGGACAGCCUGUAUGUAUGGGCAUGCUGAGCUAAUAGACACAGCUAUAAAGCCGAAGGCUUUGGAAGCUUGUGCGCAAAUGCUGGAGGACAUCAAGGACAUGUCCACCGAAUUCGACACGAGACGUGAGAGAUUACAUCGAUGGAGGGAGGAGAAAGCUCGGAACUUGGCUGCAGCGGAGGCCGGAACUCACGACCCAAGCCUCGAUAAUAUUGACAUGUUUUCCGACACAACGUCUAUGGCUACAACCCGCAUCACGGGCGCCAGCGCCUUGACGAGUUUGGCUUCACGAUCGACAGUGCGAACGGCUCGUACGGCUAAGGCUCGGCGAAAGGCCGAGCGGAAACGAGCUACAGGCCGUGACAAAGCAUUCGAGGAUGAGUAUCUAAUGAAUUGCUUGAGAAAGCUAAUCAAUCGUUCAAAUGAUAUGAGAGUUGACGUUCUUGCGAUGGUCCGCAUUCUAAUGGUUCAUAACCAUGUUGAGCGCGCGCGAUCUGUCCAGGCUGCUUUUAAGGCACUGGUGGCAAAGAUACAGCUCGGAAUUCCAGAGAUCUUCAUUGCACCAACACAGGCUCCCGAGACAGCUGAAGACUUCAAGAGACGGGUCAUGGAAGGGCUGCCACCACCAGCUCCACGUAAUGUGGAACCUCCACCAAAAUUGUCUGAUGCUCAGUAUGGGAUAUCUAUAUUAGAGUAGGUGGGUUGUUGUAUUAGGUUUAGAAUAGCAUUAGUUGUAAGUACAAGCAAACACACAUUCAUUUAUUACAUGAAGAGACUGUCGUAGUCCACGAAGGACAUGCGUUAUCUGGAAA